AUGGCUUCUUUCAAAUUUCUAAGACUUUUGGCUAUUCUUGCUGUAAUGUUUGCGGCCUUGGCUAUUUGCGCUCCUCCUCCCGUUAUGCAUGUCCCAGCUCCAGGCUCCGGUCCGUGGGCUAUCAAAUCUAUCCAGAACGUCAGUUGGUGGUGUAAUAAGUGUAGUUCAGCAGACUCGGUAAUUAUUGAAAUUAUCAAAAACGGUAGAACUGUCGUAUUUACCACAACGGGUGUAAAUGCCAAUUCCGGUACGAAGGACUUUGUAGUUGAUCCAAAGUGGGCUACUGUUGGUGAUAAAUUCCUUGUUAGAGUAACCGAUAAAAAUGUUUCCGGAAAGAGUUUGAAAUUUACAGUUUUUAAAACUCAAGGAUAA